AUGCUUUCCAUGCCUGCCCUCAAAUCCACCCUACCCUUUGGUGCUCCGUUUACAUGGUCCACCAUCUCGGACCUGGACCUUUUCACGGUCAACUCGCGCGGUGACCGCCACAAGGACGCCGUCAAGACCCUUUGGAUCCUCCUCACGGCCUCGACUCUCAACCUCAUAUGGACCCAACACAACAAGGUCCAGUAUGAAGAUGCCAACCCGCUGCCAUUGCCCCAGUGGUUCGAGCUGUCGUUCCUCGGCUGGAUGACCUCCGUUCGACGAUGGCUGCGACUGCAGGACCACGACUGCGCUAUCCGCACCUCUGCCCUCCACGUCCUCCAUACACUGCGUGGCCAAGCCAACUACCGACGGCUAUGGGAGCAGCAUCCCAACUCUCUCCUCCUCGCGCCAACUGCGGCAACCAACUAG